UUGUGUCGAUCGCUGUCUUUGACUGAUGGUCUGAAACCUUUUACAUCAUGUACACAUUGGCACUGUAAAUACAAUUAAUGAAUUAUAUGUCUCAGAAGUUCCGAACAUGAUUAUCAAGGUAUUUGUGUUUGUUUACUACCCAGUUUGUCCCUUUGUGUUGGGAAAUCAAAUGGAAGUGUUUGGUAAGGACACACGUUCGUGGUUUGGGAUUUCCAGUCGUGACUCGUGAUCGUGAGUCAGAUGACGCAAAUUUAACUGAAAGAGAAAAUAGUCAGUUGAAUGUUUCACGUUGGUCUAAAUUUAAAUUUAACUACUGUGCACGAAAUGUGUUCAAAGUUUCUUCGUUCAUCUCACGCACCGGUACUUGUACUUACCAGUCGCCAAGUACAACCAAAAUGUGUGGCUGGUUUUCCGUGAUUGGUCAAUAACAGAUUCAACACUAAUGUUUUUUAGCGGUAAAAACACGCAUCUUGUAAGUAAAUUUCCAAAAGAAACCUUUACUCUUGGCGCACAAAGCGCUGAAUAAAAAAGCCAGUCACGUAUUUCAUGUUGUCUGCAGUUAUUCUUAAAUGCUAACGUGAUGUUGCAAGAGUUUGUGGGAAUAAAACUGCAUAGCAUUUAAAACACUAUAAGAUAAAGAGGCGCUUGAUUAUUUGGCGAAGUUGAACAUUUUUGACUUAGAAAAAAGUAUCACGAGGUUGUUACAUUUUGAAACAUAAUUGGCGUUUUUACGAUUAAAAAUCAGAGCGGAAAUGUAUUAAUCUUUUAGAUAGAUGCCGUUUUUAUGCAAGUCACAUGAAAACAAAUACGCUUAAAACCUCCAGGCUAUAAAACUGCCUACCUGAGUGUUUUGUUUAUGUCACCGUUUGGGCAGUUUGGAAAUAGACUGGUUUCAUUUAAGUUUCAGAAUGUUGCCCAUUGUUGAUUUCAAGCAAUGUCGACCUAGUGUUGAAGCUAGUGACAAAGAAAUAAACGAAACGGCCAAGCUAUUGGUGGAUGCUUUGUCCACAGUAGGUUUUGCAUAUCUAAAAAAUUGUGGAAUAAAAAAAGAAACUGUCGAAGAAGCCAGAAACACCGCGGAUGAAAUAUUUAAUGCACCAACUGAUAAGAAAAAGGAUUACGUUGUAGACCGUGAAACCAACUUCGGUUAUAUUGGACUCAAUAUAGAGAAGGUCAACCCAGCUAAACCGUACGAUUACAAAGAGGCGUUUAAUGUGCCCAACAGUGCACUUGAUCCAUCAACCGAACCGAAAUGGCCACAUGAGCUUUCACCCAACUUUGCCUCACUUACCAAAUCCUUUAUGGAAGAUUGCAAGCGACUGUCUUUGAGAAUACUUGAAGUGAUCGCUGUCGGAUUACAACUUAAGGAUCGCCACGCUUUGGAGAAAGCACAUGAUUGCAUGGGCCGUAAAAAUAAUAUGGGUGGCGUCAGAUAUCUGUAUUAUCCACCAAUUAAAGGCGAACUUGAACUUAAUCAAGAAAGGCUGGGCGAACAUUCAGAUUACGGUUCGAUUACUUUGCUCUUUGUUGAUGACAAUGGCGGACUACAGAUUGAGACGGAAGGGACAUACAAAGAUGUCCCUGUAAUAGAAGACACGAUUUUGAUCAACAUUGGAGAUGCGUUGGAGUUUUGGACAAAAGGGAAACUCAGAUCGACAAAACACCGUGUUAAUAUACCAGACGAUGAGGUAAAGCGAAAUUCGAUUCGAAGGUCGAUUGGUUAUUUUGUUUUUCCCGAUGAUGAUGUUGUGAUCAAUCAACCUCUGCAGUUCAAGGGUGAUGCGGAUGUUCCGGAUCCUGUGAAAGAUCCGAUAACAGCUUUGAAAUAUAUUCAACAAAAGUUGUUAGUAAUACAUCCUAUGGAAAUUUAACACUCGUAAAACUAGAUCGUGUUUUUACAAAAAUUCCCAAAAAAUAUUCGGCCACAAAGUAACAUAUAUAUUCACAAAAUAACAUACAACUCGUAAGCUGGCACGAGGUGUAUGUAACAGAACAACCGUGUUAUAUAACGACUUUUGUUUUCCGGCCGUGCAAGGGUAAAGUAAGUUACAUUCAUUCAUAUAUUCAUUUACGUGUCCAUUCCUUAGAGCUGUACUCUCUUGUUUACAUUGAAAUGAGAAGAUAAUGACGUUGUAAAGUCUUUGUUUAUCCAGUUGCGUACUCGCUGAUCGCAAUGUGCCAAUAAAUCGCUGCAGGCUGCAAGUUA